AUGCCCAACCAGGAUGCGAGGGCCGAAUCGAACCGGGACGCGCAAGGAGCGACGUCUGAUGAAGGUCGUAUAGUGGUGGAAGAGGUAUCCGGACAUGACCCUAGCCUGGGCUCAGCGCUCCCGAGAAGCCAUUCCAUUAGUGUUCCGUCGCGGCAUAGUAUCAGUCAAGAACGGCCGUCCAUUGCCCCGUCGCGAACACUAUCAGACUCUGGACGGAGGAAUUCCCACCAGCCCCGUGUUCGCUUCUCAGCCGAUCUCGAGCGUCCCCUCGUGGAAGAGCCUAGGAAUACCGGUCAUAACAGGAGGCAAAGCUCCAGGGGCUUGACUAUCGACACCAGUAUUACCCGAAACGAUCAUUUGUCAGUUAGAUCUCCAGAACAUAGACCGAUUUCCCCCCUUUCUCCUAGCUCGGCAUUGUCGCCUCCAUCACCGCAAGGCCCAGACUCAGGUCGCUCGCGAUCGCGCAAUCGCGGGUAUUCGCUUCGACGGACUAUCUUCGCGAAGAAUAUUGUCUCAGCGACUUCCCCUGGGGCCGUUUCGCCGAAUGACAUUGAAUUGGCCCAGCCUGUGAGCCCGCAACAGGAGACUUCUACGGAAAAUGAACGGAGUUCACGGAAAUCGCGCGACGACACACGCCAAGGUGCUCCUACGGGGGAUGGUCAAUAUGAGCGCAAGUCGACCGAAGAUGAAAAACAGGACGUACUGGUAACUCAGACCUCGGCACCUGAACCUAGCCCUGUUCAUAUUGAUGAUACCUCGACGGCAUAUUUCUCCGACCCAUUGGAAGAUCUCAAGGGAGGCAGGCACAUGUCUACCAGUAUCGCAUAUGAGAAAUGGCUGAAGAGACGGGCCGCCAUUGCUGGAAUUAAGGCUCGGUAUGAGGGCUUUAUGGAGUCUGCUCGCAAAACAAUCCUCCGGAUUAAAGAUAUCCCUCCAAGCAAGGAUGGCCGUCAUAUCAUUCUUGACCCUACUAGGACAGAGGAUUUGAUUGAUGAGAGGACCGGAAAGCCCUACUGUGGAAAUUGGAUCCGAUCUAGUCGUUAUAGCCUCUGGAGUUUCUUUCCCCGACAAUUUUUCGCUCAAUUUACCAAGCUAGCAAACUUCUACUUCCUUGUGGUGGCCAUUUUGCAGAUGAUUCCUGGCUUGAGUACGACGGGUUCUUUCACUACUCUGGUCCCACUAUUGAUCUUCGUUAGCAUCUCUAUGGGAAAGGAAGGGUUUGACGACUGGCGUCGCUAUCGCUUGGACAAAGAGGAAAACAACCGCUAUGUGUCUGUUUUGCGUCCAGGUGCAGGACUACUGUCCCAAACCUCGUCGAGUGAUAGCGUCUCCGUUGCCAGUGACGUCCAGGAUUGGACUAUGGUGAAGUGGAAAGACAUCAAGGUUGGAGACGUUGUCAAGCUGGAGCGUGAUCAGCCUGUGCCAGCGGAUAUGGUCUUGCUUCAUGCAGACGGGCCCAACGAUAUCGCUUAUAUUGAAACAAUGGCUUUGGAUGGUGAGACAAACCUCAAAAACAAGCAGCCUUGUCAACCAGUCGCCAAGGUGUGUGCAACUGUAGAUGGCAUUUGCAGCAAUGCCAUGCACUUCGCUGUCGAGGAUCCCAAUUUGGAUCUCUAUAAAUUUGAUGGCAAUGUUACGGUUGCCGCUGGCGAAAAAAUGCCCUUGACGAACAACGAGGUUAUCUACCGUGGUAGCAUCAUGCGUAAUACUGAGCAGGCGGUCGGUAUGGUUAUCUACACUGGUGAGGAGUGCAAAAUCCGAAUGAACGCGAACAAGAAUCCUCGAAUCAAGUCACCUGCGCUUCAGGCCCGUGUCAACCGGGUAGUCAUGCUGAUUGUACUAUUGGUGGUCGUGCUGGCGGUUGCCUGCACCGUGGCAUACAUGUACUGGUCAGACGAUGUUGAGCAAAACUCUUGGUACCUGGACAAGGCAAAUGUGUCCUAUGGUCCAAUUUUCACCUCGUUCCUGAUCAUGUUCAACACCAUGAUUCCCAUCUCACUCUACGUGAGUAUGGAAAUUGUCAAGGUUGCACAGAUGCUGAUGCUGAACGCUGAUAUCGACAUGUACGACCCGGAGAGUGAUACGCCAAUCGAGGCACGGACGUCCACUAUCAAUGAAGAGUUGGGGCAAGUUAGCUACAUAUUUUCCGACAAAACCGGCACCUUAACGAAUAACUCGAUGCGCUUCCGCAAGAUGAGUGUCGCUGGCACUGCGUGGUAUCACGACUUUGACCUGCUUGAAGAGGAGGCGAGAGAAGGAGGUCGAGAAAAGCUUAUCCACAAAAAGCGGAGUUUUAAAGGCAAGAAGUCUAUGGCACGUAAAUCGAAUGUGUCAGAGGCUAGAUCGUAUCUCGCCAGACCCAGCUCGACUUCAGUUGCCGACAAGGUACGGAAGGCUGGUCGACCAGCGCUCGACUAUCGUACAGCUGACAUGAUCAAAUACAUUCAACGCAAACCGUACACUGUAUUUGCCCGCAAAGCCAAAAUGUUCAUUCUGGCCAUCGCCCUCUGCCACACGUGUAUCCCGGAAAGCGAUGAACUUGGGAAUACUUCCUUUCAAGCGGCAUCGCCCGAUGAAUUGGCUUUAGUCAUGGCCGCCCAAGAACUCGGAUAUCUCGUCACAGACAGGCAGCCAAAUACCCUAACAGUCCAGACAUACCCCAAUGGCCCCGAUGGGCCACCCUCUGAAGAGACCUAUGAGAUCCUAGAUGUGAUAGAGUUCUCGAGUGCUCGCAAGCGGAUGUCGGUCGUGGUGCGAAUGCCCGACCAGCGAAUUUGCUUGUUUUGUAAGGGCGCGGAUAGCAUCCUGAUGCAGUUGCUCAAACGAGCAGCCCUUGCGCAAGAGAAGGCGGUUGAGAUUGAACGACGCGCCAGCAAACGCAAGGCAGCCGAAGCAAGUGAAAUUAUCAGGCGAAAUAGCGAGUAUCAGGCUCGGACCAGUGGCGUUCGCACCAGCUUGAGUCGGCCUAGCAUGACGCACAGGCGCUCUAGUGUUUCCGGGCGGCAUAUGUCUACACUCCGGGAAAGUAUCGAUGUUUGGCUCCGCGACAGGGAGACGGACGGCGGUAUUUUAAACAAAAGGGGGAACGAUGCCGAGUAUUAUAGCCCACGACCUUCGGCGCAGAUAGGACGGCCGUCUACUACCAUGUCGGAUUCGGGAAGCUCAGUCAACGAUGAUGAGGAAGAAGACCUGGUAGAGGAAGCCCUGGUUGUCAACGAGGAAGCUGUUUUUGAGAGAUGCUUCCAGCACCUCAAUGACUUCGCCACCGAAGGGUUGCGGACUCUGUUAUACGGUCACCGUUUCCUUGAUGAAGCUUCGUACAACAGUUGGAAGGCAGCCUAUCGUGAGGCGUGUACCAGUCUUGUCGAUCGACAGGAGAAGAUUGAGGAGGUUGGUAAGCAGCUUGAACAGCAGCUUGAGUUAACUGGGGCAACAGCCAUCGAAGACAAGUUGCAAAAGGGCGUGCCCGAAGCUAUUGAUAAGCUGCGUCGAGCCAACAUCAAGCUAUGGAUGUUGACCGGUGAUAAGCGCGAGACCGCCAUCAAUGUUGGACAUUCAUGCCGUCUAGUAAAGGACUACUCGACCCUGGUUAUUCUUGACCAAGAGACUGGCGAUGUUGAGCAGUCUAUUGUGAAAUUCACCUCGGAUCUCACCCAAGGAACCGUGGCCCAUUCGGUAGUUGUGGUGGACGGGCAAACGUUGGCAAUGAUUGAGGCAGAUGAAACUCUAAAAGCACGCUUCUUCAAGCUUGCCAUCUUGGUCGAUUCGGUCAUUUGCUGCCGUGCAAGUCCUAAACAGAAAGCGUUCCUUGUACAUUCGAUCCGGAAGCAGGUGAAAGAUUCGAUCACCCUUGCGAUUGGCGAUGGUGCCAACGACAUCGCCAUGAUCCAAGAGGCACAUGUUGGCAUAGGUAUUACGGGCAAAGAAGGGCUGCAGGCAGCACGCAUUUCGGACUACUCGAUUGCCCAAUUCCGGUUCUUGUUGAAGUUGCUCCUUGUCCACGGGCGGUGGAACUACCUGCGAGCUUGCAAGUAUACGCUGGGAACUUUCUGGAAAGAAAUGCUGUUUUACUUGACCCAGGCGCUGUAUCAACGGUGGAAUGGCUAUACAGGUACCAGUCUGUACGAGCCGUGGGGCUUGAGUAUGUUUAACACUCUGUUCACCUCCCUGGCCGUGAUCUUCCUAGGUAUAUUCACCAAGGAUCUCGCCGCAUCUACUCUUUUGGCUGUUCCAGAAUUAUACACCAAAGGCCAGCAACAUGGCGGCUUCAACAUCAAGUUAUAUCUGGGCUGGACAUUCAUGGCUACGUGCGAGGCGAUGAUCGUCUACUUCACCAUGUUUGGUCUAUGGGCCAAUGUGAUGUUCACCCGCACGGGAAGCGACAUCUUUUCGGCCGGUCUUCUCACAUACACGGCCUGCGUCAUCAUUAUCAACAUCAAGCUACAGGCGUUGGAAGUGCACAACAAGACGUAUUUGUCGCUCGCUGUGUUCAUCAUAUCGGUUGGAGGCUGGUUUGUGUGGGACAUGAUCCUGUCCCGCCAGUACAACUUCGGCUCUGGAGACGGUAUCUACCACGUGCCCGGCAACUUCAUCUUCCAAUCCGGCCACGAUCUGGCCUUCUGGGCGGUUUUACUUCUUACGGUGAUGGCCGUCAUCGUGUUUGAGGUGAUGGUCAGUGCAUUGCGGGCCAAUCUUUUCCCUACGGAUGUAGAUAUCUUUCAAGAGUACGAGCAGGAUCUGGAGAUCCGUAAGAGAUUCGAGGAAGCCGCCGCAUCAGAGCUGCAACAAGGCUGGGACCACGGCAGCAAGAAGUCUAGCCUUGAGCUGGCACGCGAAGCGGAAAUGGAGGCACGAGAGAAACAGGUACAGGAACUGCUCUCCCGGCCGAGAGUGAUGACCAAGACAGGAUCUGGUCCGAUGGGAAUGGAGACGGAGGUGGAAUUGGCCGGUUACAACAGCAGCGCUGACCAUGUUGCCGACCGUUCGAAUCCGAUGACAGAAGAUGAGGUGAUGAACACUCCUCGACGAUCCGUUGAGAUUCACGAGUUGUUUACGAAGGGCUUCGGGGCGAUCCGGAAGGGACAGUUGUAG